UCAGGGUUUUUGAAAAUAGAAAACAUUUUGACAGCGCUAUAAUGGCAUUUACGUAUAAAAAACAACAAUUCUACUAAGAAGAAGCCCUAGCUCUGGCCCUCUGCACUCCCCCCUACACUCAACUCUCAAAUCUUGGCUGUCCGUCCAGCGCUUGCCGGCUAUCCACGGUCGUCGCUGCAGGCAUUUGGGCUUGCAAGUUGUAAUUAUCACAUGUCAGCUGCUAAGUCUCUGUGGGUGUAGUACAUUUGUUGGUGUUGAAACUUUGCUUUUGAUCGUUGAAAAUUUUUCUUUCUCUGUGAAACAUGAACUUGAGGCAGUUAGUUUGUAGGCAAACAAUCAAUAAUCUAUCAAGAGUCAAUGGAAAACUACCAUCUCCAUACCAUCACUGUAUUUACAGAGAUGUUGCCACCAUUACUGACCCAAUAUCUCCUCCAUUUCACUCACCAAACAUUCAUGGCAAUAAACCUCUCCAAAACCCUAAUUGCCCAAAACCCGAUCCUUGCUUCAGUAGAUACAUCCACUGUACCAGUGGAACUAAAAUGAGCAACUCGGUUGGUGAACCCAAACUCUAUUCUGAGGAAUCCGAGGAGGAUGGGACAAUGAAUGAGUUCUUGUCCCGGUUCGUCUGGAUAAUGCGUGGGAAGCUCUCUCAAGUUUAUCCAGACUGUGAUAAGCAGACAAUUGAUGGAAUGCUUUUGAUCAUUGUUGGGAAAGUUGCAUACGAGAUGGAAACGGGUGGUCUUGAGCAGAUGCUUGGUGCUGCAGUGGCCACUCCUUCACAGGAUUUUAGUGAGGAUUUGUGGAAAACAGUUUGGGAAGUGAGUAAUAAGGUUUUGGAUGAUAUGAAAAAGGAGAAGCAGAAGGAAAAGAUGAAGGGGUUCUUGCAAUCUGAAGAAGUCAAGGAAAUGUGCAGGUUUGCUGGUGAAAUUGGCAUUUGUGGGGAUAUGCUGAGAGAGCUUAGAUUUAAAUGGGCUCGUGAAAAAAUGGAGGAACAUGAGUUUUAUGACGGUUUGGUGCGCAUGAAAGAAGAAGCGCGAGCCCAAGAAAAAGAGGAGAAAGCAGGGGGAAAGCAAGCUGAAAUGAUGGAUACUGAGGCUUUUGUGGCUGAGGAGAAGCCUAAUGUUGUUACUCUUCCUAAGAGACAAGGGAAGAUAAGGUACAAGAUUUAUGGUCUUGACCUCUCUGAUCCAAAGUGGGCUGAGGUGGCUGAUAAAAUUCAUGAGAGAGGAGAGCUCAUUUGGCCUCAGGAACCAAAGCCAAUAUCUGGGAAAUGCAAAUUGGUAACUGAGAGAAUUCUUUCAUUGAAUGAGGAGGAUGACCCGUCUCCGGUGUUGGCUGAGUGGGUAGAACUUCUUCAACCAGGCAGGAUUGACUGGAUCACAUUGCUGGACAGAUUGAAAGAGCAGAAUAUUCGUUUAUAUUUUAAGGUAACAGAACUUGUACUGGCUGAAGAGUCUUUCCAAACAAACAUCCGUGACUACUCGAAGCUUAUUGAUGCCCAUGCCAAAGAGAACCGUUUAGAAGAUGCCGAGAGAAUUCUCAAGAAGAUGAAUGAAAAUGGUAUAGUGCCUGAUAUGUUAACUGCCACAGUUUUGGUUCACAUGUACUGCAAUGCAGGCAAUCUUGACCGUGCAAAAGAGGCGUUUGAAAGUUUGAGGAGCCAGGGUUUCCAACCAGACAUAAAGGUUUACAACUUGAUGAUCAUGGCAUAUGUAAAUGCUGGCCAACCCAAGUUGGGUGAGUCACUGAUGAGAGAGAUGGAGGCAAGAGACCUCAAUCCCACACAGGAAAUUUACAUGGCAUUGCUUCGAUCGUUUGCUCUACGUGGGGAUGUUGGUGGAGCAGGACGAAUUGCAACCACUAUGCAAUUUGCAGGUUUCCAGCCAAGUUUGGAGUCGUGUACAUUGCUUGUUGAGGCAUAUGGGCAAUCAGGCGACCCUGAUCAGGCAAGGGUCAACUUUGACUACAUGAUAAGAGUUGGUUUCAGGCCUGAUGACAGGUGCACUGCUAGCAUGAUUGCAGCAUACGAGAAGAAGAAUUUAUUGGAUACGGCCCUAAAUCUUUUGUUGCAGCUUGAGAAGGACGGCUUCGUGCCUGGAGUUGCUACUUAUACUGUUCUUGUGGAUUGGUUAGCUAAGAUGCAGCUGGUUAAUGAGGCUGAGCAGGUAUUGGGCAAGAUUGCUGAGCAGGGUGAGGCCCCUCCUUUGAAGGUUCAUGUUAGCCUUUGCGAAAUGUACUCGAUGGCUGGAGUAGAGAAAAAGGCGCUUCAAGCUCUGGGUGUUCUGGAGUCUAAGAAAGACCAACUGCAACCGGAUGAGUUUGAGAGGAUUAUAAAAGGGCUUAUAGCUGGUGGGUUUGUGCAGGAUGCUAUAAGGGUCCAUGGGCUAAUGGAGGCCCAGGGUUUUUCUGCGUCAGGGCGACUUAAGGUGGCUCUGAUGGGAUCUCAAGCUGUAUUCCCCAAGAGACGUACAAUGAGAUAGUUUGUUGGCAUUUUGGGACUGCUUCUCACUUCUUUUUUUUUUUUCCUUCUCACUUCUUUUUUUUUCCUUCUCACUUCUUUGGUUGCAUCAGAUCAACAAUGAGAUUGUCCUCUAGUCCGAUAGGAGUCCAUACCACACUGCAUUGCCAGCAGAUGUAAUCCAUAAUGGGUUUGAGUUUAAGCUCUCAAACAACUCAUCAUCUCAGCAUAUUUCAAUUGUUAGUUU